UUGGCAUACAUUUCGUUCUCACUAAAAAGGUGGUGGCGCAGAAGAAGUUUCCGCAUAAGGUGCCAUCGAAUGUUCGUCCGCGGAACCCAGAAAAGAAACAAUUGUGUGUUAGAUCAGAGGCAUUAGCAUAAAUCAGUUGUCCCGCGAACGGGAGAGGCGGUGGUUGUGUCGCGAAAUGAGAAUGGUAUCCGCCAAAGAGUCGGUUCUUAUGAAUGGUUACAACGACCCGGCGGAUAAGUCGGGGGAUAGUGAUACGGAUUUUGUCGUUGCCAACUUGGAAAAAGUGAGAAAUAAGCUGCUAAGCAGCUCGCUCGCAGUAGACGACGUAUACACCAUGAAGGUAUGGGGAGCCCAUGGGGAGUUCUGCGCGAGACACCAAUGGGAGGUCAUCGUCGCCACAUUAGCUCUGCUGGCCUGCGCAGCUAGCGUUGAAAGGCACGGCCCAGGCACCAGGUCUGAGCACUGUGCCGGCUGGGCCAGAGCAUGUCCAGGGUUAGAAGCGGAAUACCAAGCGGCCGACGCUGUUAUCAUGACCUUCGUUCGCUGUGCGGCCCUUUUGUACGCAUACUACCAAAUCUCUAAUUUACAAAAAAUCGCUUCGAAAUACCUUCUCAUUGUAGCCGGGGUGUUCUCAACAUUCGCUAGUUUUAUCUUCACAUCAGCACUCGCUGGACUAUUCUGGAGUGAAUUGGCUAGCAUAAAAGAUGCGCCGUUUCUGUUUCUGCUAGUCGCUGAUGUCGCCAGAGGUGCUAGGAUGGCCAAAGCUGGCUGGUCCGCUGGAGAGGAUCAAGGGAAAAGGGUCGGUCGGGCUUUAGCUUUAUUGGGACCAACAGCGACAUUGGAUACCUUACUAGCCAUUCUACUCGUCGGAGUUGGAGCGUUAUCAGGAGUUCCAAGACUAGAACACAUGUGUACAUUCGCGUGUUUAGCUCUCUUAGUGGAUUACGUGGUGUUUGUGACUUUCUAUCCGGCCUGUUUAUCUCUAGUCGCCGAUUUUGCAUCCGGAAGAAAAGAUAUGGGCUCGGACAGUCCUUUCUCUGAAGCGGACUUAAAACCCAACCCUGUAGUGCAGAGAGUGAAAAUGAUAAUGGCUGCCGGGCUACUAUGUGUCCACUUGACUAGUAGAUGGCCUUGGAGUGCUGACAACGGCAUAGUUGAAGGUCCCAGCGAUGAUCUUGCUACGGCACCACAUGAUAACGUAUUGCUCCACUCCUAUGUAAAAUGGUUCUCUGUUAGCGCCGAUUAUAUUGUAAUUGCUACAUUACUUUGUGCCCUAAUUAUCAAAUUUGUAUUCUUUGAAGAACAAAGAAACUGGGUAAUUGACAUGAAUGAUAUGACGGUCAAGGAGGUUGUGCAAAAUGAUAACGAAAAUGCAAACAGUGGCCGCAAACCUUUGUUCUCUGUAGGCGAUGAUUCCAACUCGGAAGUGUCGACCCAGACUGAUGAGCUGACUUGUCCUGAAGACUCCGAGUGGCCUGUGCUCUCGCCGAGCUCUUCAGCAACUAAAUUAAAUGCUAAGAAACGCCCAAUGGCUGAAUGUCUCGAAAUUUACCGGUCAGAAGGAGCGUGUAAGUCUUUGAGCGACGAGGAAGUGAUUAUGCUAGUCGAACAGUCACAUAUACCUCUGCACAGGCUGGAGACAGUUUUAGGGGAUGGUUUAAGAGGUGUCAGGUUACGAAGAAGAGUUAUAGGCGCAAGAUUUCAAACGGAAGAAGCUAUCAAACAGCUUCCAUAUCUAAACUAUGAUUACAGCAAAGUAUUGAACGCUUGCUGCGAGAAUGUUAUCGGAUAUGUCGGUAUACCGGUGGGAUACGCCGGUCCUUUGGUUGUGGACGGUAAAGCGUAUAUGAUCCCGAUGGCAACCACAGAAGGCGCAUUGGUUGCUUCAACUAACAGAGGUGCUAAAGCUAUAGGAACCAAAGGUGUGACAAGUGUUGUUGAGGAUGUAGGAAUGACAAGAGCGCCGGCUGUUCGACUACCAAAUGUGGUGAGAGCGCACGAAUGCAGACAGUGGAUUGACAACAAAGACAACUACGCUUUAAUAAAGGAGGCUUUUGACUCGACGUCUAGAUUUGCGCGACUCCAAGAGAUACAUGUUGGUGUUGACGGUGCUAUAUUAUAUUUACGGUUCAGAGCAACAACGGGGGAUGCUAUGGGAAUGAAUAUGGUGUCCAAGGGCGCUGAGAACGCGUUGAAGCUUCUCAAAAACUAUUUCCCCGACAUGGAAGUCAUCAGUUUAUCAGGAAACUACUGUUCCGACAAGAAAGCAGCCGCAAUAAAUUGGGUCAAAGGUAGAGGAAAGAGGGUGGUUUGUGAGACCACAAUAACGGCGGAAAACUUGAAGACUAUCUUCAAGACUGACGCGAAAACUUUGGCGCGGUGUAAUAAAAUCAAGAAUCUCUCGGGAUCUGCACUGGCUGGCUCCAUUGGGGGUAACAACGCUCACGCAGCGAACAUGGUGACCGCCAUCUUCAUAGCAACCGGCCAGGAUCCGGCCCAGAACGUGACCAGUAGCAAUUGUUCCACGAGCAUGGAGGUUUGUGGCGAGAAUCGCGAAGAUUUGUAUGUGACUUGUACUAUGCCUUCUUUAGAGGUUGGCACAAUAGGCGGGGGCACAGUUUUGACUGGCCAAGGGGCCUGUUUAGAUAUCUUAGGCGUGAAAGGUGCCGGGGCGUAUCCGGCAGAGAAUUCCGCGAGAUUGGCAUCUUUAAUAUGCGCUACAGUAUUAGCUGGCGAGUUGAGUUUGAUGGCUGCUCUAGUGAAUUCAGAUUUAGUGAAAUCUCACAUGCGUCACAACAGAUCAGCUAUUAACAUGCAGGCGGCGGCCACUCCUGAGAUAUCAACGGUCACUUUAGAAGUACCAACGUUAUAACAUCUUGCUUUGGAAAGAACGAAAUCUUGUUAUUGUUACAGUUAAACACUGAAAUAACACAUAAUGAUUAUGGUCAUUAAAUAUACUACGCUUUAAAUUAAAUGUGGUUUUGUAACGUGUUUGUUACAAGGAAUGAUGACGGAUGGGCGACAUGAUGACUAAACGACCAACAAUGAUUAUUAUAAUGAAAGAAAAAGUAGAUACGUUACAAACGCGCCAAAAAUGAAACCUCGAUAUGACUAAUUAACACCACUGUGUUUUUUUAUUCAACUUAGAAUGGCAAACAAGCUGACUGCCCACCUGAUGGAAAGUGGUAACCGUCACCUAUAGACAUGAGCAGUACCAUGGACAUAACAGAGUAUACUGCGUACACCCCGCGCAAAUGACAAACUCUAGCCAUAACGAAAGAAUAAAUUCUUUCGUUUCUAACACUGCGCCCUUUUUAAAUUAUUUGACAAUGUAGCGUAAAUAAAUGGAAUAAAAUAUGUCUCUGUGUUGUCGGUGUGUUUAGAACAUUUUCAAUGGACUUCAAAAAGAGGGAGAUUUGCAAUUCAGUUGUUUUUUUUUUUUUAUUACCUUAUAACUGAAUUGGAAAAUUACUUUUUUAUCUGAAAGGAUAUUCUUACAGAUUAGUUUCAUGGAUUUUUUUUCAAAAUCGAUUCAGUGUAUAUUAGUUUUGAUGUGUUUUGCCACGCUUGAAGUGGAAAUUUUUGUGGAACACAAUCUCAUUAUUUUUUAUAUCAAAUGUUUUCUAAAGCACGUAACGUAUCUUCUUUAAAAAAAAUUGGUAUCCUAUAAUAAAUGCAACAGAAUGACCGAUAUUAGAAUUGAAACUAUAAUCUCUUUUUUACUCUCAGCACAAUAACAUCUUGACAGAGUGUACCCCAAAAUUUAAUGGGGUACAUUCUAUCAAGAUGUUAUUUACUUACUGUUAUUAUUUUAGCCAUUAACUAUUCACUGCUGAACGUAACAUUUCCCAUAAGGGGAGUAGUUGUAGGCCAGUAGUUGCCACGCUUGGCAGGCGGGUUGGCAAUCGCGGUUAGGCUUUUAGAGAUGUUUUAAGAGGGAUGCUGCUGACCAUCCCUCGCCCUUCCUUAGUCCUUUCUUACGACACCCGCGGGUAAGGAAGGGUUGGCCCAUUCUAUGCCGGGGCACAUGGCUAAACCGUGUAACGUACCUUCUUAAAAAUAAUUGGUAUCCUAUAUUAAACAGAAGCAACAGAAUGACCAAUAUUACAGUUGGAACUAUAAUCUCUUUUUUUUUCUCAGCACAAUAACAUCUUGACAGAGUGUACCCCAAUAUUUAAUGGGGUACACUCUAUCAAGAUGUUAUUUAUUUACUUGACAAAAAUUGUCUGUCUUUUUUAUGGCGCGCUUUUGAAACUGUAUUAAUAUUGUAAUUGAUUGAUUUUAUUUUAUUUUAUAUUUUAUUUUUACACAAAUCUUUAUAUUUAUUUUUUAUUGCUGUAUUAUUAAUAUUACAAUAAAUUUCAUGGUUUCGUAAACCCUGACCAUAGAUUGAACAUCAAAACGUUCAGUAUCAAGUUAGGCUACGUCAGUACCCUACCUUUUUUUUCCUGGGGAAAUGCUUCAUGCGGACCCAUAAGCCCCCGGGGAGGCUUAUGGGUACUGCCGGACUCCUACCGGCUAAAACCAGCACGGCAUCCCUCGCCGCGCCAAAGUGUUGGGGACCCGGGUUUCCUUUCGAAAUCCAUCAAGCCCCAACGGCGUUGGCCCGCACCGGCUUGCGGGCGCCGACUCAAAUAGCGUCAGUACCCUACCUAGUCGAAUGUGACGUGGGUUUUGGUUGAUUUUUUUUUAAUUUACUACAACCCGUCCUUAUAACCUCUAAUGUUAUAUCACAUAUACAAUGACUUUCCUUUAUUUUUAGCUUUCGUAGUAUUUAUACUAAUAUAAUGAAAUAGAAGUGAUUGGUCGCAUUUGAAAAAAUCUCUUUGCAUCAACCUCGCGGUACGACCACGUGCGAAGCUGCAGGUUACGCCUAGUUUUUCAUAAAUACCUUUAUCAUUUGGGCAUUGUAUUUAUGUUCCUGUCGGUCGUUCUGUUUCAUACAAUAGUGAAUUAUGUUGUUAAUGUUGCCCAUAUUAAUGUAGAUAUACAGAAUUGUGAAUUUAAUAAAUUCUUGGUAUGAUUUAUACAGGGUGUAUGGGGCAGGUUGGCAAAAACUAAAACAGUUGAUUCACACUAUUAUUCUGAACUAAACACCGGUGGAAAUAAAUUGUUUCCGGAUAAAUUUCAUUUUUUUUUUCCUGUUUAUUUUUUCUUUAUUUAUUCAAAAUAAUGUAAUUUAUGAUAUUAUGUCAUAAUAUAAAGAAAUAAUAACAUGUUGUAGUGAAAUACUAUGAAAUACCAAAAAAACAGCAAUGUACAAAAUAAUAUUAGUGUUAAAAUCCUACCGCGACGCACGGAAUUUUUUUUUGAAAAGUUGCCAUUCCUGAGGACUCUGGUGUUAUUCCUCCGUACUCAGUAAAUUCACGCCAUAUCCCACCCUUCAAACCGAAACACAACCAUGCAAACACAACUGCUUCACGGUAGAAACACUAAUGGGACAGAGGUACCCAAGCAAUCGACUUUUGUACAAAGUCUCCCUCCUAUUCAGACCAUUCAUCUGAAUCAGCUGUUUUCGUUUUAGCCUAAUUGCCCCUGUAUAAUAAAUCGUUCGAUAACAUCACAACGUUAAAUAGUUCGUUCUAUGAUUUUGUAUUUAAAUGUACUUAAAUAUUAUGGUUAAGAGGCGGUGUUAACAGUAUACAUACAUACAUACAUAUAUAUAUAUAUAUAUAUAUAUAUAUAUAUAUAUAUAUAUAUAUAUAUAUAUAUAUAAUUUGACUAUAGCAAAGAGCUAUUACGUAAAUCUAUUAAGAUGUUUACGAACGUUUUCGAUGAUAUAGACAUGUUCUCUCGAAUUAAUUAUUGAUUUACAAAAAAACCCAAAAUGUAUAAUUGGUGACUAAAAAAGCCACAGAAAGUAGUAUGCAGUGAUAUUUAUAGCCAAAUACGCCAAUAAUUUUCAAAUAUGCGCAAAUAAAACAUAUCGUCACCUCUAUGGUAAACUUACGAAACUGAAAAAGAUACAUUUUACAGGGGAACGUUUCGAAACAUUAGAAUGCAAAUAACUUUUGACAGAAGACUACUGUAAAAGAUCAUGCUAACAUUUUAGUUUUAAAAUCCUGUUUUUUUAUUGAAUGCGCUUAAUUAAUUAUUAUUAUAUUACAAGUAUCAGAAAUAAAUGCAUAUUCGUUACUUUGCACCUUCAUACAUGAGAGUUCCCAGGUGUUGAGUUAUACAACAGCAAAUCUACGAAAGUGGCAAUUUCGUAAGUUGCUAAAGAAAAUCAUUUUUUUUUAAUAUCUGGCAAACUAACGAAAGUGCCACUUUCGUAAAUAUACCAAGGUAUAAAUCACGUGUUUUGGAGAGAACUUCAGUUUAAAUAACAACGUUAUAGCAAUCAUUCAUGUAAAAUAACUAAAUUAGGAUUGAGAAAUUGAUAAAAUAAUUAUUGAAAUUUUCAAAUUAAAGUGUUUAUUAUAGAAAAUACCAUAAAAAUAUGCUAAUUAAGUUUACUUUGGGUAUAUCACAAAGAUAUGAAGAUUCGAGCUACUCGAUUUCUUUAACCGUUAAAGGUAUACAUUUGAAAAUAACCUCAAUAAGUAGUAUGGCGCAAAAUGUAGAUUUUUAAAGAAAUGUCAAAUUUGAAAAACUGCAGAUUCGUAAAUUUGCCAUAGAGGUGACGAUAUAUUCACUGACGAUAAUUUGAUGAAAUUUCUGACACUUGAUUUAAAGGUUAUUACCCCCCUGGGGUAACGUCUAUUCUACGGGGGUAAUACGGUUAGUAAAUAUUAAUGUUAUUGACAAUAAGUUAAGCUAUUUGUUACAUAUUUGAGAUCUUAAAUUUCGAACCAUUUAGGGGUGAUUACGCCCGCGGGGGUAACAUCUAUUCUGCGGGGGGAUAAAAUAAAUAUUGACAAUAAAGUCUAUUGAGAUAUUUGUUAUGUAUAGAAGGUUGAUAUUUGUUACUCGAUCACGCUGAAACAACUAAACCAAUUUGACUUUUUGGUUUAUAUUUAGUUUGGUUUAUAAACUACUUUUUUUUUAAAUCGAUGGUUUUUGUAUUUCGUGUUUAAUCUUUAUUAAGUAAAUUUUUGCAAAAGGAAGUUUCAGGUUAUAUGCCCUUUCAGUUAUAGAAACUUAUACCGUUGAAAUUUUCAAGUGACUUCAAAAUGAAAAAGUCAUCUCUCAAUAUCAUUUCUAAUUCUUCAUAUAGUUUAAUGCCUUUUUUUUGCUAUAACAAUAUGAUUGGGUUUACUACUACAUUCUUUCGUGUUAAGAUCAUUACGUUUGAUUUUUUUAUUUUUUUUUUAUUAAAAUCUUAAAUUAUUAUAGAGUUUCGUUUAUUGUAACGAAAUAUGAAUAUGUAAUUAAUAAUUUUGUAACAGUAAUAAAAAAAUAUGAAAAUAUAAUUUAAUUAGAGGAUUUAGUUCUGUGCGUAAACGUUGCUAUAAAAUUUUAUACACUGUUUAGCUACUAUAUAUUAUCUAGAUCCUUUUAUCAAUUUUUUUUUUCGCGAUCUGUCAAAUAUAAUAGUAUUUUAUUACUCUAGAUAGAUAUUAAUAGAUACAUUUACUUUCUAGAAUAUUUUUUCAGAUCUUAUGUUAAUGUAAAAGUGUACAAAUGUUCGCCUUAUAGAUGUUACUAUUAUACGCUGUCUACACUGUCGUGCUAAUAUUUUUCGUUCUCAUAUUACUGGAUUUGGUAAAUACGCUGACAUAGUGUAAAUAUAAACAUACAAUUAUAUUAUUUAUUAAUAUUAGACACUUUAAAUUAAUAAAAUUAAAAAGAACAUUUUGAAACAUUGUAUUUUGUAAAAGGCGGCCUUAUUAUAAAAAGCAAUCUCUUAUAGACAAGAUGGUGACAAUACUGGGGGUGGUGGUGGUGGUGUCAGUCUAACUAGCAUUGCAAUACGGGUGGUAUAUGUUACACAGUAUAUACUGUGAUGCCCGUAAUACACUUCAUCUCUAUAAGCUAUCAUAGAUACCAUUUUCUAUCAAAUGGGGUAUAUCAGCUUCUUUAUUAUAUCCAGUAGUAUGUUUUCCAUGGUAGUGUUAGGUGUAUUAUGCAUAACAUAUGUAUUAUACGUAUUAUUAUAGCUUAUUUAUUUAUUUAUUUAUUAAUGGUUAGGGACCAAUAUAACGAACGAUAUCAUCCAUAAAUUUAUUCACUCGUUAUUUUUAUUUUAAAGUGGAUGAAGUAAGGACGCGAGAGGCUAUAGGUUUUUGUUAGUCUUUCUUGGCCUACCGCGUAACGAACAGGUCCCUGGGGAGGUGAGUGUGUGAUUUGUAUCAUCACACAUUGAAAUUAGUGAUAAAUCAACAUCACGUGUAUCACAGGAAGCGUGUUAAAUUAAAUGUAAGUGGCAUUUUAGCUAACGCUCUUAAGUAAGCGUUUGUAAUAUCAAAAAGGAAUAUAGUAAAUGUAAAAAAUAUCUAAUUUCCUUGUGAUUAAUUCUAAUAAAAUAUUGUUGAAAUAUUAUAUGUAGUUAUGUAGCUUUCAACAUAAUUUUAGCAAUUGUUUUGUACAUUUUUUUUUAAUUCGUACUGUAACGGGGUAACGAUGAAAUUUGAGGUUAUAAGGACUACUGUUGAUUAAAUAUAUUUUAUAAAUGUUCUGUAACAAAGAUAAUCACAUAAUAAAUUAAUUUUGUGUCUGCCCAUUUCGAUCAAAUUAAUAUUGCAUUUUUAAACGAUUCCUGCUUAAUUUUCUUAUUGGCAAACAUUACCCCAAGUUUCAAGGUUACCCCCAACCAUUUACCGAGAGUGCGUUAUCAAUCUCCAGAUGUGUAAAUCAUGUAUUUAUUUUCAAAUAAUGUAAUUUAUUGACUGAAUUAUAUUGGUGCUUUAAACAAAA